CGUUAGAUUCGAAAUAUUUAACCGUGCGCGCACUCGUAUUCUUUGUGUGGCAGGGUAGAGAAGCGCCAAAAGAGUGACCAUGGCUGAUGAAAAACCAAAGGAAGCAGUCAAGACAGAAAACAACGAACACAUAAACCUGAAGGUAGCGGGUCAGGAUGGAUCGGUAGUGCAGUUCAAGAUCAAAAGACACACGCCGCUCAUCAAGCUCAUGAAAGCCUACUGCGAGAGACAGGGACUUGCAAUGAGGCAAAUCAGGUUCAGAUUUGAUGGACAGCCAAUAAAUGAGACAGACACACCAGCACAGUUGGAAAUGGAAGAUGAAGAUACAAUUGAUGUGUUUCAACAACAGACGGGAGGCCUGAUUUAAUCAGCCACACGCAUCACUAUUUUCCUUCUUAACACAGCCAACCUUCCCAGCCUGCGAUACACAGCAGCUGCUUCAUUGCAACUUGUCCUAUUGUCGCAACAGAAUUCCAUGCAGAAGAAGUCGUCUUUUCUCUGCUACACACAACUGCUGUAUAGUAAUGUCAUUCUUUCCCUUGUUACUUUUCUGUUUUUGUACAUAAACCACAUCCAGAUCACCCUGAAUUUUGUUUAUUCAUGCUGUAUUGUGAUAAAUGUUGAGGACUUCCCUUCGCAGUUUGAAGGGCUUCUUCUAAGGUUGCAGACUGAUAGGACGGGUGAUAGAGUGAGAAUUAAUAAAACUGACUGAACUGAUCAAAGGUUGUUGCGCCAGGCUUGGUCAGUGUCCAGCAAAUCUGUUCGUGUUAGUGAACUGUAUACCCAACUUGGGAAUGGGGCUGGAAUGUCACUUGUUUUCUGUUAUCAUCAGAAAUAAAUAUUUGAUUUUCUACAUUUUUAUAUAGUGGACGUGUAGAGAAAUGUUUGGAUUCAUUGUUUAACUAGGCCAAGUUUUGAAUUUUGGGAAGCCUGAAAAGUUGUUUCAGUUAAAUAAACGACUGUAUUGUCUUUUAAGAUGCCUGUUAAAAUAAAGCUAUUGUCUUUUUCCAAAUUUC